AAAAUCCAUUUAAAGAUGGCUGCUAAUCGAGCAAGAUACUGCCGUGUGAUGUCACUUUCGGAUAGCAUUUUGACGUUGUAGCUUACAAAAAUUUCUUAAAAACGGUUAGCCAAAGUUAACAAAAUCAAUUUAUCCAAUAAAAAAAUCAAUUUAACAAAGGAUGAUCUAAUAUUUGAUUGAAAAAAUGAAUUGUCAUCAAAUAUUAAGUGGAGCUUGCAAUGCAGGUGAUCGGUGCUACGCUGUAGGUUCUGUCGAAGGAAUUUCUUUUACUGCAUAUGCAGCUGGUUGUAAUAUAGUAAUUUUGGCCAGUAAUUUUGAACGAGUUCAAAUAAUACCUGGAGCUGUACAUAACUACAUAAGAAUCAGUUGUUUGGAUUGCAGUACUGACACAGGAAAAAUAGCUGCAGCUUAUGAAAAUCAAGUUUGCAUUUUUGAGCCUACUCCUCUUAUUCAUAGUACAUGUUCUCAUCAGUUAGAAUAUAGAUGGGUUCAAACUGGUAGUCUAACAACAGAAUCAAAUAUUAGUUCAUUAUCAUGGAAUUUAGAAGGAACAAGAUUAUUAACUGGUGGAGAACUUUUACAAUUGUGGCAUCAAAAUAUAACCCCAUUUCAAGAAGAACAUACUGGUACAGUUACUUUUUCAAUUGGAGAUGCUGAAAGUCCAGCUCCUGGUGAUUCCAAUAGUGGAAAUGAACCUGGAGCAUGGAAUUGUGUUUGGAAAUGUCGUACAGCUACACCAGUACAUCUUAUGAGUUUUAGUCCAGAUGGUACAUUAUUCGCAACAACUGGAUUUAAUGAUAGAUUAGUAAAAAUAUGGUUUGAAAACAAACAAUUGUUUUCUACAAGAAAUAUAGAUCACACAAAUGUCACUCAGUCUAUGGGUAAUGACAGUUAUAGUUUUGUUUAUGUUGCUCAUCCUCGUGCAGUAACACAUUUAUCUUGGCGUAAAACUAGUAAAUAUAUGCCAAAAGGAUCUGUUUCCAAUAUGCUGGUUACAUCUUGUAGAGAUAAUAUUUGUCGAGUAUGGGCAGAAACUAUACCUCCCGAAGUAGAAGGCUUAGCAAAUAUGAGUCAAUUUGAAGGUUCUGAUAGACAUGGUCAUCAUGGAAAACAUAGACAUCAUAACAUGCAUAAACAUCGAUUCAUGCAACGCCUCAAACAUAUGAAGACUUGUUUUCAUAUCCGUCGCCAUGCAAAACAGCAACAUCAAGCAGGUCAUACAGCACCAACUUUACCAACUUUACCAUCAACAUAUUCAGUUCAUGAUUUCCACAAUAAUUAUCAGGGGACAAGUCACUAUCCAGGAAUGCAUUUUCAUUUAGCAGCAAGUAUUAAUGCCGAAACUGAUAUACCAUUAGUACCAAGCUUAAUCACAGGCGAUCCUGAAAGAGAACCAAAUUUUAUUUUACAUUGGUUAAACAAUAAAGAAAUGCAUUUUACAAUGCAGGCAGAAAGUAUUUUACAAGAACUUACUCGUAAAGUGGUAGAAAAAGAAGAAGGAUUGCAUCAACAAGAUGUAGAUCAUAUGGAACAUGAUUCUGAAGAAGAAGGUUUAUCCAAAAAAGGAGUAAGAUUACAACCCAUUCAAAAGACAAGUGGUACAAUUCGAUCGAUGAGUCAAGAAGAUCAUAGUAGCGACGAACAUCAUACAACUCAUACAAUUUCAUCGCAUCAUAGUUUACCACAUAGUGCACAUUCUCACCAAAGCCUCAGCAAUACUACAUCCAUUAAUUCAAUUGCGACAGAUGUAACGGCCUCAAUAAAUCAUGCUCCAGAUUCCUUAGAUACAAAAAUAGAAACCUUAUUGCGCGAUUGGCAUCAUAAUCCAGAUUUACUCUUUUCAAUCCAUCCAAUAGAUGGAAGUUUUUUAAUUUGGCAUAUUGAAUGGUUGGAUGAAUAUCAUCCAGGAUCAUUUCGACAAGCACAAAUAUCAUUUUCUACACGAAUACCUAAUGCAUUUCCUCUUGGCGAUGCUUCUACAAUGAGUCAUAGCGUAUCAAUGUAUUCGCACAAUACUGGCGGUCCAUUAUUAAAUAUACGAGAAGUAGCAAAAUCAUCCACAAAACCAUCAAACGAAACUACUGAUAUUGCGACACCAUUACCGAGUUUAAUUGAACAAGAUGAAGAACAAUCAACAUUAACAUCAAAAGCAGGCCAGGAACUCUUAAAAAAUAUUGAAAAUUCGUCUGAUCCAAAUCAAAAUAUCGUAAAAGAAAAAGAUGGUCAUUUAGAAAGUGGAAAAACAAAUCAAGAAACGGUUAAUGAUUUAUUGACUCACCCAAGUCCAAUUGUAUCUAUGGUAUCAAAGCAUUCAAAUGGAACCUUAAAUUUAUGGCAAUUAACAUUUGCUGAUAAAACAAAAUUUUCACAAGUGUUAAGUAUUGGACAUGCAUCAAGAGCUUCAGGACAUCGAUUUCGAGUGAACGAUAUUACUUGUCAUCCAGUUUUGCCUUUAUUAGUAACAACAUCGCAUCACAAUAUACCAGAAUCUGGAUCUCAAUGUCGAAAUGCUGAUUCAAAUGAAAACGUUAUUAAUAAAUCAGAUUCUAGUAAAACAACUUUAAAAGAUAUCUCAUCUACUGGUUUCUGUAGUGAAUUAAUAUUAUGGCGUGUAGAUACAGUUGGACCUUUAUCAAAGAGCGGUGGAGUUUCCGAAUUAGCACGUAUUAAUUCCCCUGAAAUCUCAGCAUUCUGUAAUGUAGCAUGGAUUCCAACUCUUUUACCAAGUACUACUUUAGGUAAUUUAUCAAAUUCUCCAAGUGCAUGUUUCGUUGCUAGCGAUGGCGAAUGUUUAAGAGUAUAUCAAGCUGUUAUCGAUGCUAGAACAUUAUUGGCAGAAGUAUCAAUUAGUGAAAGACGAAGUAGAAUGAUGGAUUCUAUGGCAAGCCUUUCAACAGACAUGUCAUCAGAUGAUGGUGUAAGACAAUCAAUCCAUGAUAGGAUAAAGAUAGUAUCUCAACAAUCUACAGCUAGACCAGGUUGCGUUAUUCAAUUGGAUGCUAUUGCUGAUGCUACACAUGAUUGGCAAAAUACACAAUUUUUACAUGUAUUUCAAGAACAAUUAAUUACUGGAGAUAGAAAUGACGAAAAACAAACAGGAAUAGAUACAUCAAUAAAUGAUUUAGGUUUAAUGGAAUCUACUUUGGAUGCUAUGGUUGAUUUACAGCAAUCUGCAAUUUUCGAAGAGCCAUUCUACAUAGUAGUUUUAGAAAGAACACAACAAGGUACAACAGUACAUAUGUGGCGUUUAGUGAUUGCUUCUCAACCUGAGACUACUGGUUUAUCAGAAUCGAUGAUGUAUGUUCCGGAUUCUCAUUUAGUACAAGAUGAAGAUGAAGAGGGAACACCUGGACGUUAUAAUCAUCCAGAAGGUAAAAGAUCUCGAAGGCCAAGUCAAUCUCGUCGUGACAGUCAAAGUGAAUUGGAUAUGUUUUUGCAAAGGCGACCUCAAAAUAGUCAUGUUCUUAUUACUACUACAAAAGUAUGUACUCAAGAAUUACCAUUACCAGAUAGUGUUGAAGUAAUACAUGCAGCACCAGCAGCUGGACAUUUAAGCAGCUCUUCCAUUUAUCCUGCUUGUUUUGCACCAUAUAUCGUUGUAACAGCAUGUAGCGAUAGUACUAUACGCUUUUGGAAAUGUAAAGUGACAAAAACUCAAUCAAACACCAAAUUACAUUAUGAAUGGUGCGAAUGGGAAAUGAUACGAAAAGAUCAAGAAUCAACUAUUGACAUUACCGGACAACCAUUAAAUAUAAGUGCUGCAUAUAGUGGACGUAUCGCAUGUGCGUAUAAAUAUGGAAAAUCGUUUACACGUCCUACUAAAAAUGAUCCCGAUUCUCGAUACGUAAAUCUAUGCGUUGCUAUAUAUGAAUGCGAAAGUACUGGUGGAAGUGAAUGGAUUCUAGAAGAUACCAUCCAUUUAAAGAAUAUACAUUUACCGAGAAUUCCUGUUGAUCAGCAUUUGGAUUUAAGCUAUCUUUAUGAUAGCAAAUUUUUACAAAAGAAACAGAGACUUACUCAAGUUUUACAAACGCUUAGUCACGAGGAUGUAAGAUCAUCGAGAAAUGGAGAAAAUGGAGAAAGUACGAAACCAAAUGCAGGUUUAUUGGCUGUUCCAUCAUUCAGCACGCUUCAAUCAUUGCGAAAAUCGAUCAUAGAAAAUGGUAAUACUUGUCCACUUACACAAAAACAUUUAGUUCAAUUAGAUUGGGUGUCCAAAGAAGAUGGUUCUCAUAUAUUGACCGUUGCCGUUGGAUCGAAAAUUAUGCUUUUCACGCCUGUAUGUUCAGAUCUUGCACAAGCAAAUAUGAAAGCAAUGAAAGAAUCACAAAGCAAUAACCGACCGAUAUUACGGAAAGCUUCAUCAUUGGCACAGCCUCAAUUCGUUGACGAAAUUCGAUGGAUGAAAUUACGAAAAAUUGAGUUAACCACAGCAGAUGGCCUACCUCCAUUGCCGAUGCAAAUAUCUUGGGUAAGGGAUGGUAUUUUAGUGGUUGGCAUGGAUUCAGAGAUGCAUGUUUACUCACAAUGGAAGCCAAAUCCGAAAAAAGAUUGUUUUCAUUCAAAUUUACAACAUCAAGAAUCGGAUGAAUUUCAAGCUAGUCGAAAUUUACGGGAUGAGGAUCUGCGAACGUUAGCACACGAAACAUCACAGAGACGAUUAGCAAAUGUAUCUUCCAUGCCUCAUCUUUCUCGAGUUAGCAGUAUUAAUUUAACAAUGCUUGACGCUAAAAAGAAACGUGGAAUACAAAAUGAAAAUUUAAGUUUUGACUACAUGCCGGAUUAUGGUUUAUUCGAGGCAUCGAGAAUCGCUUGUCCCGUUUUACCCCAAUAUCAUCCAAAACAAUUAAUGGAAUUGCUAAAUUCUGGUAAAAUUCGAUGGGUAAAAGCUAUAUUGGCACAUCUUGUCCGAUGCAUAGGAAGUUCUUGUUCUUUAAGAGCUGAUGAUGAGAAUUUAGUGAAACAACGUGGCGGUGGAUGGUCACGUUCUAGAACAAUGUCAGUUAGUUACGUAGGUACAACAUCACCUCUAGAACCAAGAGGUUCAACUACACAGAUACCAGAAGAACUUACGUUAGAUUAUGCAGAGAUAACUUCAAUAUCUCCAUUGCCUCUUUGGACUUUAUUGAUUGCAGACAAAGAAACAAAUGUACCGCUUCAACACAAAACUGAAGACAAACAAGAUUACAAUGAAUUAUUUGAUAGUAAUUUGGACGAAGGUGAGUCACUAGAUGACAUGUUAGAAGAGGAUUAUGAUUGUUCACGACAAAAAGAUAGACGUUCAUCAGUGCCGGAAAGACAAGGAAUAUCUCAUUUCGGACCAAGACAAGGAAGAUUAUUAUCACGGUUAUUAACACAUACUCAUUUGCCCGGUUUAUCAAGUCUUGAUCAGAUGCAUUUGCUUGCUUUAGCUGAUACCGUUUCCACUUGUAAUGUAGAUUUUGCGGAAAGAUUUGCAAUAGAUGCUGCAAAGAAUGCAAUUGCGAAAGAAAAUUUGACUGGUAUUCCUGAUGGUGAAACAGUCUCAACUGAUUCGUUAGAUGAUUGUGGCCUUCGAUUUUUAUUGGCCAUGAAGCAUUACAAUUAUUUGAUUCGUUGUCUCCCAUUAGCACAAAGAGCACAGUUUCAGAAACAAGGUAUUUCAUCGAAUAAUCUUGUUUGGGCGUUUCAUUCCGAAUCUGAAGAAGAAUUAUUAGGUUUAAUACCUUCUUAUGCAAAAGGACAACCUAAAUGGAGCAUUUUAAAGGAACUUGGUAUAGGUUGGUGGAUUAGAAAUAACACUAUAUUGAAAAGAUGUGUUGAGAAAAUUGCCAAAGCAGCAUAUCAACAGAAACAAGAUCCUCUCGAUUCCGCACUUUAUUAUUUGGCUAUGAAAAAGAAAAAUCUCGUUUGGGGAUUGUUUAGAAAUAAACGAGAUGAAAGAAUGACAACUUUCUUUGCAAAUAAUUUUACGGAAGAUCGUUGGAGAAAAGCUGCCUUGAAAAAUGCAUUUGCUCUACUUGGUAAACAAAGAUUUGAACAUGCUGCAGCAUUUUUCUUAUUAGCAAAUGCACUCAAAGAUGCUAUCGACGUAUGUUUAAAUAAAUUGAACGAUAUACAAUUAGCAAUGGUUAUUGCUAGACUUUAUGAUGAUGAUACUAAUUCUCCGAAUUUGAGAAGAUUGCUCUAUGAAGAAAUUUUAGGUUGUGAUAAAGAUGGACAAAAUCAAGAUAUUAACAAAGUUCAUCCAGAUCCAUUUUUACGUAGUAUGGCUCUUUGGAUUCUUAAAGAUUAUGCAGGAUCACUGAAUACUUUGUUGAUAACAAAUGUUGGAACUUUACAUCCACAGUAUAAUGAUGAAUCUGAUAAACCAGAAGGUGCAACAGCAAAUCCAAAUGUUUUCAAUUUUUAUGUUUAUCUUCGAACGCAUCCAUUACUGAUCAGACAAUAUAUUGCAUCUACUGCUCAAGAUAAGAAAAAAGGUCAUUCAGUAGUCAUAUCUGGGUUCAGUUAUGGUACAGAUAUAAAAUCACAACCUGACAAACAAUUAACUUUAGAAGAUAGUAUUACACCUUUGGAAAGACAACUGUACUUCACAACAGCACACGCACAUUUUAAGGCAGGAUGUCCUGCUCUUGCUCUUGAGGUUUUAUCUAAGUUACCUAAUAAAGUGAUGGAGACAAAUUGCGAAGAUUCUCCUAGUCUGUUAAAUAGUCCAAGUAAAUCGAGAACACAAGAUUUCCAAAUAGAUACUGGAAUUAUUAGUUGGGAUGAUAAUGCAAAAAAAAUCAAUGAUGAUGGAGAUUUUGAUUGGUCUCAACCUGUGACACGUCAAACCGAGGAUGAAUUAGUAUUAAAUUGGGAUGAUAAUGAUGAAAUUGAAAACGAUGACGGUGAUAGUCCGCCUUUAAGUAUGAAACUAGAUAAAAAAGAAACUAUUGAUGAUAAACUCAUUAAAUCAUCAGGACAAUUAGAUAUUAUGGCACAACAAUUAAAAUUUGUAGCAUGUUUAAAAAUUUUAAUGGAAGAAUUAUCAACAUUAGCAACGGGUUUCGAAGUAGAUGGAGGUCAACUUCGAUACCAACUAUAUGUAUGGCUCGAACGAGAAGUAGAUGCUCUUAGACAGCUUUGUAAUUAUAGCGUCAGUUCGGACGGAGAUGCAAACAAUGUCUCAGAAUACGAAGGGGGUAUGGUGGAUGAUAUACAACCAUGUAAGCCUGGUGAACAGCCAACUUUACAUGAAAUAUUGAUGGCCGAAAAAUUAGAUUUCGAAGCUAAAGUACAACGAGCUGCUAAAAGAAAAAAAUGGUUAAAAGCAAACGAAACAUUAUUACGAACAUUAUUAUCCUACUGCUCUUUGCACGGAGCAUCUGGUGGUGGUUUAGCAUCUGUAAGAAUGGAACUUGUUCUUUUAUUACAAGAAUUACAGCAAGAAAAAACUCAACAACAAUUACUCAGCCCUCUUCCAUUUCCAACUACUCUUCCUCUUCUAAGUGCUAGUGUAGCAUGCAAUAAAACUGUUGUGGCAGAUCCUGUCAGACAUUUGCAAUCUCUAGCUCACGAUAUGUUACAAACAUUGGUUGAAUUACGUAAUCCACCAAUGCCUUCAAGAAAUACACAUUAUUGCGAAGUAUUUAUAAUGAGAGAUUUAGCGGUGGCUUUAAGUGCUUGUAUUUAUCAAUCACUUUGUGAUUCUGAUACUUUUGUUACAAAACAUCAACAGCCAGAUAGUUUUCCAGCAUUUGCAGAAAUAGAAACAUUUUCCGGUGGACAUUUAGUAGCAUCAAAUCGAUUUCAUCGGAGAUAUUCAACAGAUGAUGGUGUAUGCAUUACUACAUCUCCUUCUAAAUGGCCAGGUGUAACUAAUUUGCGAGCAUUGUUAGCUCGUGAAAAAGAUGAGGAUACACCAAAAUUGAAUAUUCUUCUUUGCGAAGCUUUCGUAGCAACUUAUAUGAGCUUAUUUGUUUAUGCAUUGUGGAGUUGUGAUAGUCAUAUACUUUAUAGACUCGUAGGUCAACAUUUUGGUAACAACACUUGGUCCUGUUUAUUUGGAGGUGGAGUCAAAAAAUUGUUGCGUGUCGCAAGCACAAGUGGUCAGACGAGUGGAGUAGUAGGAGCAAUAGAAAGAAGUGAUAGUACAAAUGAAGCACAAAGUACUGCAGGAACUGUAUGGAAUACUAUGACGUCGUUAACUAAACAACGUGUAAAAUUAAAUAUGAAAUUAUUAGGACAAUUUACUGGUCAACAACCAAAUAUGAAAGAAGAUAAACCCACGUACAGAGAACAAUUUGUUUCUCCUCAAAUGAGCAUGAUAUCAUACUUUUUAAUGAAACCACAAAUAGAUAGAGAAUAUGCAGAUGAAAUCGAUUACGAUUCUUCUGAUUCCGCAGUGUCAGAUUUAGAUUCUUCUGAAGACGAGGAAGAUGUAUUCGACACCAAUUCAAAACCAAAGAAUAAACCAAAGGACAACAUUGAACAUAUAAAUCCAAAUUCAUACAGUUGGUGUGUCAUGAGAUUAGCUAUAGUCAAAAUAUUGCAACAACAACUUCAGGAGUUUUUAAAUGUUGCUGGUAUAGAAAUGCAAGAAUUACCUGUGAACAGUCCUCUAAUUCAUGGAACGUUAGCUGUCGUAGCGCAAUGGCAAGAAACAUUGCGUGAAGAAUUGGACAACAGAGGGCCACCAAUUAAUUACAUUCCUGGUUGUGCACCAGAUCCAACGCCUACCCCGGGAAAGCCAGCGAUUCAUAAAUAUCGAUCUUUACUUGAAAAAAGCAAUACUCCUUUCAAUACACGUUUGGCAUCAGCGGCUCCUGCUAAUCGAUUGUGGUGUUAUUUAGUUCGACAAGAACCAGUACAAGACAUUUUUAUUCGAGCUGUAUUCGGCAAACGUAGAUCUUUAUCGUCGAUUUUGGAGAACAAUCAAACGACAAUGGAUAAUUUGAAUCGUGGAACUGUAGAUGACAAAGGAAGCGAUAGCGGAACUACCAGUUUACCAGAACCUGUUCGAAUUAUUCACAAAGAACAAGAUAGCAUUAGUGCCUUUUGCCUAAAUCAGGUAAAUCCAGGUUUAAUGGCCUUGGCAACUCCUCGAGAAGUACAAGAAAUGAAUAUAUCAUUAUUACUCGAACUCCCAUCCUGGUUAGAAGAUGAAUGUGAAUUCGAUAUUAUAAAUUUGAAUAAACAACCAGAACCAGAACCAGUACAACCAACUAGUUUCUUAGUUAUUCAGACAGCAGCAGAUAGACCAUUACUCGCUCAAAGUCCUCAAACAAAUAGUCCUCAACCUCAAUCCGGUAUCGCGAGUCAGAGUGGAAGAGGAGCAAGUGUGAUGAAGGGGAUGCCUGCUUUCCCUGGCUCCCACGACCUGCGUUUCUGUCAAUUUGUUGCCGAUAGGAGCAAACACUUAUUGCAACCGAUCCUGAAGCAUAAAAUCGAUGGUAUAAGAAGAAUUUCCUCGCAUCCACUUUUACCAUUAUACUUGACUGGUUCUCAAGAUGGUUCAGUAUCUCUUUGGGAAUGGGGACAUCAAACAGCAGUAGCAACUCCUAGACCACCAGGCACUUUUGCCAAAGUAACACGUGUACGUUUCUCACAGCACGGAAAUAAGUUUGGUGUUGCAGAUUCUGAUGGACAUUUGAGUUUAUUUCAAGUAGCUUGCAGAGAAGGAACUGCACGACCAUUUUUCAAUUAUCAAUGUCAUAGUAAGGUGACGGCCGAUUUUGUCUUCCUUGGUGCUUGUAGUUUAAUAGCAACUGCCGGUCAUGGUUCUGAAGGACGUAAUGUUGCACUUUGGGAUACUUUACUUCCACAAAAUAAAUCUUUAAUUCAAGGUUUCACAUGUCAUGAACAAGGAGCUAGCUCUUUGAUACUUGCACCUCAACAUCAGUUAUUAAUUAGCGGUGGAAAGAAAGGUGAUAUUAAUAUAUUCGAUGUUCGACAACGACAGCAGCGACAUCGAUUUCAGGCUCAUGAAUCGGCUAUCAAAUGUUUAGCUCUUGAUCCACAUGAAGAAUUUUUUGUGAGUGGAGCAGGAGAUGGUGAUAUUAAGAUAUGGGGUUUAACCGUCCAUUCUUUGCUUUAUUCUUUUCCUGGAGAGCAUCCGCGAUCUAGUUUCUUUAAAAAUAUUGGACAAGGUGUAACACAAUUACACGUCGAUUCUGCUGGUCGUUUAUUUUCAUGUGGUGCAGAUGGAUCUAUGAAAGUUCGUCAGUUACCAGAACGCGAUUGCGUCGUACAUACUUUAUACUAAAGUAACUUAAAAACAUGAUAACAUUCUGUUAGCAAAAUAUUUUAACAGUAAGCCCAUUUGCCUAUAAAACAAUUACUACUAGUAUAAUUACCAAAUAUACAAUUAUAUAUUUUCCUUGUUAACUUUUUCUUAAUCGUUUGAGAUUGAUUGUUGAAUACAAUGAAAUAAUAAACUUUAAAUAUCAGUAUAUAACAAUAUAGAAGAAGAAAAAAGAGAAAAAUUAUUAUACUCAUAUUAUAAAUAUGAAUAUAUUCAAAUUGUUAAGAAGAUAAAAUAAUCACUGAAAAUAUUUUUUCCGUUCAAAUGUAAAUUUAUUUACUAUUAAAAUGUUGUGUUUCUCUUAUUGUAAGUAGAAUUAAAUAUUUUUAUCUGUAUUAUGUUUCAUCGAAUAUUAUUAAACAUAUUUAUGCGCGUCUAAGUAA